UACCGAGUGGGGUAAGAAGAGAAGCCAAUUGAUCGACGGAUUCAUUGAAGGACUGAAUGUGUUCUCCGAUGGUAUGUUUUACUAGUCCGCAAGAAAGAUCGACAGUUUCAACUUUCCGUUCACCGUAUAACAAGCGUGGUUGACCUGUCGGACAGACCACGGCAACAACAAGUGACUGCAUAUUUACAAACUGUUGAACCAAGUCAAGAUGGCGAUAGUUUUCACGCCUAAGAAGUGUCAUUGCCGACUUUUAUUGACGCUGCUCACGUUCGUUUUCGUUUCUCACAAUACUUGCAUGGCCAAAUCCAGUAGACAUCACGAUGUCCCGCAACUUAACUAUAUUGAAGAGGACAUAUCAAUCCAGACCGGUCAAGAAUUGAGGAUAACAUGCUACAGCAAGUCUGUUAUUGAGUGGAUAUAUCCCAGGCACCGAGACAGUGAAAUCAACGAACGGUUGACGUUUUUAACAACCAUGCAGAUCAACUCGGACAAUGAAAACGAAUACACUAAUGUACUAACCGUGAACAGGACCAAUUAUUUAGACACUGGGUUAUAUCAGUGUAUAUUGAAAAACUCAUUGGAGAGGAUUAACAACCAGACAUCUGACAGUGUUUACGUCUUUGUUAACAGCAAUAAUGAAGAUGAAUUGUUUGUGCAGCCAGAACAAAUCACAUACAGGAUAUUCGCGGACUGGACGUUCACUAUUCCGUGCCGUGUUACGAAUAAAGAAGCCAGUGUGACAUUGGGCAUUAAUACUGGUGAACUUGUUGAUGUUGAUGGUACUGCUGUUAGCUACGAUCCUGAGAGAGGAUUCAAUGUGUACGAGAACCAUGCUCGGUUUCAAGGACCGGUCGUCUGUACUGCAACACUGAAUGACAUGGAGGAAACUGCUCGUUUUAUUUUGUUUUAUGAAAGUAGUGCUCCAAAGCCGCAACCAAGAAUUACUAGCAGCCACAAUGAAGUAGUAGUUGGAAGUCAUUUUACCAUAACGUGUAUUGUAGAUGCCCCAUUGAGUACUACGAUGGUCUUUGAGUGGGAGUAUCCAGGAAAAGAUAUUUCAAAUAGCACAGUGACCGUGAAUUCUGAAUCGCAAGAAAUCAAACAAUCAUUUCGUACCUUCCGUCGAUUCUAUAUUGAGUUAGAGUUGAAGAAUUCUGAGUUAGCUGAUAGCGGGGACUACUCAUGCACCGCUAUAAACUACAGAGAUCGUACUACCGUAUCUACAUCAGUUGUGGUCUUAGAAAUCGGUUAUGUUGAAAUAAACCCAGUGAAAAACCAAUACAUCAUAGAAUCAGAAAUCGGCUCUAAGGCAAAAAUAUUUUUUACUACCAAGUCAAAUCCAAAAGCUGAAUAUAAAUGGUAUAAAGGAAACCAAAUUGUUGACGACAACAAUGCAACGUACUCAUUACGAAGAUUAGACGAUCAAAGACGAUUGAUUAUUAAUGGUGUUACUUUAGGUCAUGAAGGAAAUUAUACACUAGUCGGUACAAAUGAUUAUGUAUCUCAGAGGAAUAGUGUUAAACUUGUUGUUAUAGAUAAACCAGUGGUGACGAUCACGCAAGAUCCCGGUCCAUCACAUAAAACAUCGCCACCAUUGUACACAAUCGGUCAAUCCUAUACAUUUGAUUGCAAAGCUACUGGCAAACCUCUGCCAAUAGUCACCUGGCACUGGCAACAAUGUACCGAAAUGGAUGAUUGUAAACGUCCAUUUCCUAAUGUGAACCAAUGGGAGCAAAUAUCAGACGUGACGUCUCCCAUGCAUGGUGUUGAAGGAACAGUUGAUAGACCCUGGGAAAAAAAACUACAUGUACCCGCUGCUAUGGUACCUGGUUGGUAUAGAUGUGUUGCUUUUUCUUCAUCAUUUGCAGAAAAUGUCACUGAAGACAUUGAAUUCAAGCUUACAGAUGUGAGAAAUGGUCUGCAGAUAGAAACAACCAGUGAGAUCGCCAUAGAAACGACACCAUUUAACCUGACAUGCAAAGCUAACAAGUACGCCUACAGAAACAUAGAGUGGACAAGAUCGUUAAACGAGAACACCACAGAGGCUGUACCCACGGAUAUGAUCUUCCGUCAACAGACUCAGUACUCUCAUUUAUCAGUGAUAAACUUUUCCAACCUUACACUAGCUGACUCUGGCAUGUAUACCUGUAUCGUCGUCAAGAGAAGAGGUGAUGAUAAUGUCAGGGAACGAAAAGAGAAAAGAUAUAAUCUAGAAGUUCAAGCUCUCAGACCUCCUACAAUUGAAGUCGGAUUGACGCAACUCCGCAUAGAAACCACUAAACUGAAUUUUGAUUUACAUUGUGAAGCAAGUGGCAUUCCUACUCCAACAAUCACAUGGUAUAAAGAUGGUGUGUUGAUGGAAAACAACAUUAUCAGUAGAACCACAAAAGGCACCAUAGCUUCUACGCUGACUGUGCAAAGAAUAGCUAUGACGGAUACUGGAUUGUAUUCCUGUAAAGCUAGCAGUGAUGGAGGCAAUGUGUAUAGUAAUGCUACUAUAGCAAUAUGGGCAAAACCCACAGUAAUGGUGAGUCCGGAAACAGACUACGUAACUGAAAAUGACAAUGCAACACUUCGCUGUAUAGCUGAUGGCAACCCAGUGCCCAUCGUUGAAUGGGCCAAGAAAGUCAAUGCUAGCUAUGCCUUGCCUGUCAUGAAGCAUUAUUAUAUGACUGUGAAGAAAUCUGCAUAUGGAGUAGAGAGUAUACUCAACCUUAGGAAUAUUAAACUGAAGGAUAUUGGAACAUAUCGAUGUAUUGCCAGCAAUGUCCUUGCUUUAGACUUUGCAGAGGGUGAUAUCAAAGUUGCACCAAAGACUUCUGCUGGACAGAUGUCAGCAGCUUUGUCAGAAACUCAGAUACGUAUGUUUGCACUGGCUGGUGGUGGAAUUGGACUCUGUCUUAUUAUCUUUAUAAUUAUUAUAUUGACUUUAAGAAGACACCGAAAGAGACCUGUGUAUCGUCAUAGCGAUAUCAAAGGUGUAAUAUUUCCUACCGUGAUAGAGGAUGGGGUAGAAAUUGACAUUGACGAAGCAUUUGAGAAGACUCCGUAUGACAGCAGCUGGGAGUUCCCAAAGGAAAAAUUGCGCAUUGGACAGACGAUUGGCAGAGGCGCCUUUGGUCGUGUUUACAAAGCUGCAGCAUGGGGCAUCGAUAAUACCUCCACAGUAACCACGGUAGCGGUGAAAAUGUUAAAAGAGGAUGGCAGUGAAAGUGAAAAGAAAGCAUUAACCAGUGAACUAAAGAUGCUCUGUCAUAUUGGUCAGCAUUUAAAUAUCGUCAACUUACUAGGAGCUUGUACUAAGGACUGUUUAUUCAUCAUUAUAGAGUUCUGUAAAUACGGUAAUCUGUGCGAUUAUCUACGUACCAGACGUGAAAGCUUUGUACUUGAACCAAAGACUCCGACCAGUUCCGCUCAAUCUUCUGAGAGUUAUGAGGACGUCUUUGAAUAUGGGGAAGACUCUCUUAGUUUACAUGACUUGGCAUGUUUUGUAUUUCAAGUUGCUAGAGGGAUGGAAUUUUUGUCAUCAAAGAAGGUUAUACAUCGUGAUUUAGCGGCUCGUAAUGUUUUAUUAUCUGAAGAUAAUGUUGUUAAAAUUUGCGACUUUGGAUUGGCGAGAGAUGUUUAUACAGAUCCUAACUACAUCACAAGUAGUUCGUGUCGCCUGCCAAUAAAAUGGAUGGCUCCUGAGUCUAUUUGCGAUGAUAAAGUGUUUACAACAGAAAGUGAUGUGUGGUCGUUUGGUGUCUUGAUUUGGGAGAUAUUUUCUCUUGGUGGUACACCUUAUCCUGGUCUGCCCAUUAAUGAAGAAUUCUACCAGAAAAUUCGAAGUGGUUAUCGAAUGCGGUGUCCUGAGUUAGCUCCUCAAGAAAUCUAUCAAAUAAUGCUUCAAUGCUGGAAUGCUAUACCCAGAAAUAGACCAAGUUUUCAUCAAUUAGCACAAAAGUUAGGGAGCCACCUAGAGGCAACUGUAAGACAGGAAUACAUCGAUCUGAAUGAACCUUAUGAAAAGAGAAACUCACGGCUGAUAGGUGGUUACGCUGAACUUAUACAUGAUUCCAUUCCAACUGAGUACCAGCCAUUGAUGAGUAAAAGUGGUGCAGAUUCAGACAAGUAUCUUGAGCCAGUCACAAGGAGAGUCAACGGUAGCUCUGAAACAACAUUUCCUGUCGGUGCCAACGAUGAGGAGUGUCAUCCAUUGACUUCGCAUAAAAGCAGCAGCAAAAGCGAGGAGUCUGUGUCAUCAGAUUUGUCAAGCGGUUUUCAUUCAGAAGGGUAUCCUCAUGAGCCUAAAUCUCCUAAUAGUGUUGCCGAGGAUACAAUGGAUGAACCGCCAGAUUAUAGUAAAGUCAUAGAUGCAGAGACGAGUUUUACAACAUAAUUUACUGUGAGAUCAAGGAGAAAAUAUGCUGACUGGAUUCACUGAAACCUAAAGUAAAAAACUGAUAGUAUAUGGCAUUCGGUAUGUGGAGUUAUCUUGAUGCAAAUGCAAUGUGAAACCUUUGUGGUUGAAUCUAUGACAAUACAGCAUUAUUUUAAGAACGUCCAUUACUUGCCAGAACUGUAAUCCCAAUUGCCAUACGAUUCUGAGACGUCUUUAUUUUUUAACACGUUUAUACAGAAUUUUAUUGAAAGACAGCAUAGAAAAUGCUGAUACAAUUCCAAUGAAGAGAACUUACAUAGUUUCAAGUGAAACUAGAACCAGAAUUUUAUAUUAUAGAAUAUAUUAAUAUUUAUGAAAUUAAAAAUUGCUGCAAUCAGUGUCAAGAUAUAGAAUCAUCACUGAGCUAAAGUUGUGAAUACUGCCACCUUUAAAAAGGUUACCAGCAUUUGAUACAUGCAUGUCAAGUACGACUUGAAAUAUAUUUUCAGAGCCAUAUGUAAUUGUAAAAUAAUAAAUAAGCUAAUAAAAUAUAUCACUCCUAUCAUUUGAUAAGUACACCCAUCUCUUUCGAUUCUCAUAGAAAGGUGUUUGGUUGAAAUUUCUAAAUUUCUACUGUAUGAGCGUAGAUGGAUUUUUUGGUUCACCAAAAAGAUCUUGCAUAUUAUAUGAAAGAUGCAGACCAAAUGUCUGUUGCAAAAAUUGAUUCGAAAAGGGAAUAUUGCAUUUAGAGGCACUUAUUUCAGCAAAAUUGACCAUUAUCUCAAAUAUGUAUACACGUUAUUUGUGCAAAUGCCUCCAUAAUACUUUUGUGUUUAUCAAAUCCUACAUGAUAUUUUGAUGUCACUACGAUUUUAUUACCUUAGUUUUUAUAUUCAAUUUUUAUGCAUAAGUGAACAGAAAAUAGUCUUUUUUAUUUUUAAUUAAGCCUUAUUUAUGAAUUAUUAAAUAAAAAGAGCCAUAUAAAUUCAAAAAUUGGUAGGCUAUGAAAAUGGUUUUGACUAAAAUUCACAAUACCAAUUAAUACUAUUUGUGUGACUUUCUUUUUUUUUUGUUAAAAGAAAUUUUCAUCUUCUACUUUGUAUUCAGUUAGAAGAUAAACUUGUUCUAUGAAAUAUAGAAAUAUACAUUACAAUACAUUCCGUAUAUUCUUUGACCAAACCAUUCCUUUUUGUGUGUAGGUUUGUGCUUUAGUGGAAAUUGCUCUAUAUUGUCACUGCCAAGCAUCAAUAUUUUUGUAUUUUUAACCUGUUUUGAGUGUUUUGUACUUUUCUAAUACUUUUUAAAAAUGAGUGGAAAAAAAAUGUCUUCCAUAUGCAAUAUACCAAUAGCUUUAGCUUAGAUAUACCAUGCUAAAAAAACAUGACUCAGUUAUAUGUUGAAGCUAAACAAGGACUUGGGUUCAAGUAAGUUUGUGUGUAGUAGGUCAAAGUUUGUCAGCUACAUGGUCAAGGCUAUAUGGCAUGGUUCAUAGUGUCAAAAAAGUAUUGAGUCUUAUCUGUGAGAGGUCUGAGGGUAUAUGACAUUUGUUGUCAAAGGUUACAUGGCAAAGUUCAUGAUAAAGUAUUGACAUGUAUCUUUGUGUUUAAUUGCUAGUAAACAUUUUAUGUUUCCAUUAAAGACAACACAGUCCCUCAACACCUGAAGGACUGUGGUGACAAUCAAGUAACAAAAUUCCUUAGAAUGUAAAUUCCUUAGAACAUGGAUUUUGCCCAUGUUCUGUAAACUUGAAAUAUUAGUACUGAAGUAGUACUGAAAAUCAAUAUCUAAAUUCAAUAAAAAGAUUAUUUUUAUAUUUUUUCCCCAUAUUAUCUAUGCAUAGCAAAAUUAUAAGUAACAAAAUAUAAAAGCAAUGUAUAUUAUGUGAUUGAAUUGGCUGGUUCCAAUCUGUUACACUGCAAUAAAAAUCCUAUGUAAAUAUCGAA